AUGGAUUUGAAACUGAAAUUACUUUUAUUUUUGACGAUCAUUGUCAACUGUAACGGACAUUUGAGUAUACUGAAGGACAUCAUACAUACAGCUCAUGACCGUGUUCAUGAUACUGCUAAGACAAUUCUUGGAGGGUUCAAUUUCGAUUUUCACAUCGGUGGUCAUCAUAGAACACCAACACCGCCACCAAAUUACCCUCCACCAGAAACUGGUGAUAAAACUAUCGUAGUCGUAGUCGAGAAUCCAACGGAUCAGGGGCCACAUGAUAAUGGAUUUAGACCGACAAAUAAUAAUAAUGGACAACGACCUCAGUACAACGGGAACCGACCUCACGAUAAUGGUUAUAAUGGUUAUAAUGGCUAUAAUAAUGGGAACCAUCAAAAUAAUGGAGGCAAUACGAAUAACAACCACCAGUAUCAACCUGGAUAUAAUGGACCAAACCAAAACUCACCAGGAUAUAGUAAUGGGAACGUCGACGUAUAUAAUAAGCCCAACCAAAUAGAUCAAAAUUAUAACAACCAAGGGACACCUAAUUAUGGAAAUAACAACAACGCACAUAUAGAUCCUAAUUAUAAUCAAAAUGUAUAUCCUAAUAAUAAUAAUCAGAAUUCACCACCAAGUAAUCCUACGUCCAGACCUACAGAAUAUACUCCAACAGCAUCGCUGUCAACAGAAAGACCCAACCAACAGACGACCAAAAAGCCUGACAAUGACGCACCGUUCUUUGUACCACUAAACCCUGAUGGGUAUAUAUAUACCGGGGACAAAAUAUACACGGGAGGCCCAAAAAGAGAAGUUGAUUCUAAGCCAGCAGAAAAUGAUGACGAGUUUCAGAUAGAUAUAAGAUUAAAAGACCAAUAA